AUGGACCACUCUCUGUUUCUCCUGUUCUUCUCAGGGCUGUCCAUCCUCCCCUCCAGCGUCCCUCAUCAGUUCCACUUUGUGAACAUCAAUGAGACCUGGACUGAAGCUCAGAGUUUCUGCAGACAGAAAUACACUGACCUGGCCACCGUAGACGACAUAGCAGACAUGGAGAGGCUCAACAGCACAGUAGUGGCUGGGUUAACUGGGUUAACUGGGUUCACUGGGUUCACUGGGCCAGCCUGGAUAGGGCUGUAUAACUGCAGCUGGAGCUGUUCUCUGGGAGGCACACAGAACAAUGGGGUGCCUAGAGAGUGGAGGUGGUCCGACCAGAGUGGCUCACCCUUCAGAAACUGGAUGGCAGGCGAGCCAAACUGGGUAUAUGCGGUGGGACAGCAUGUAGAGAUGUGUGUGGAAGUUCAGUUCCCAUCUGGACAGUGGAAUGAUCAAAAUUGUAACGACAAACAUCCUUUUAUCUGCUAUGAUGAUAAGCUGGUCCUGGUCCCAGAGAACAAGACGUGGUCAGAAGCCCUGUGGCACUGCAGAGACCUGCACAUGGAGCUGGUGUCUGUCCACAACCAGAGCGUCCAAGACUGGGUCCGACAGAGAGCCAAGAAGGCCUCCACUCCCUUCGUCUGGCUGGGCCUGAGGUACACCUGCACCCUGGACUUCUGGUUCUGGGUCAAUGGAGAAGAGUCCUGCUACCACAACUGGGCUGACAGGGAGGGCUACAACACUGGCAAGGAGCAGUGUGGGAACACAGGGGCCAUAGAGAGAGACGGGGGGCAGUGGGUCGGCCGGCCUGAGACUGAAAGAUUCAACUUUAUCUGCAGCUAUGACGAUUACUAAAACCAGACCCUGUUCUCUGGACCAGCUGAACCCCCAACACAUUGUUCCAGACCCUGUUCUCUGGACCAACUGUACCCUACAGCCCAACACAUUGUUCCAGACAUAUUCAGAUUUACAUUGCAUAAGGUGAUGGAUACUCAAUCUUUGUGGUCCUCUGUAUCUCAGCUGGUAGAGCACAGAGCUUGUAAAGCCAAGGUAGUGGGUUCGAU